GGAAAGAAGAGCGCUGUGUCUCUUGCUCUGCUCUCCCUGCAUACGCCAAAGGAGACCCACAGCCAUGAGGAUGCUCACUCUGCUCACCACCCUUCUCCUGCUGGCCCUCCACACCCAGGCAGAGUCUCCCCAAGGAAGAGCUAAGGCGGCUCCAGACCAGGACAUGGUCAUGGACGACCAGGAUAUUUCCAUAUCCUUUGGAUGGUAUAAAGGCACUGCUCUCCAAGAUGCAGUUGUGAAGGCAGGUCAAGCCUGCUAUUGCAGAAUCGGAGCCUGUGUUUCUGGAGAACGGCUCAUUGGGGCAUGUGGUCUCAAUGGCCGCAUCUACCGUCUCUGUUGCCGCUGAGCAAGAAGAAGGAGGAGGAGGAAGAGGAGGAGGAGGAGGAGGAGGAGGAGGAGGAGAAGAAGCCAUUUGUCAUAUGACUUAAGGGAGACUGUUACUUGUCCCAUGUUAUGUCCUUGAGUUUUCUCUUUCUUUAUAUCCAAAUAAAUUUCUUAUAGCAA